CAGGAUAUACAGCAUUAAAUCCAGUUGCCUUUUUCAAAACGAAAUCGAGGUAAAUUAAUCAGGAGCUACAGACCUAUUGGAUGCACAAGCUGGUAUUCAGAGAUCAUCAGAAUUUUCAUUAGCAACUGGUUAGCACUAGAAAAAAAGAACGCAAAAAACCUGAAGACGAGGACGAAGGGGGAGAACAAAACAAACCGAAGAGAGAAAAGAUUGCAGUAAACGGUAUAACCUAAACGAAAUGUGAGGGAUUAUUAGGGAAAAAAGUGACAAGACAAUGACGAACAAAAAGUGUGCGCCCGCGGUGGGAUUUUUUUCUAGGUGAAACGAGAAAAAUGAUUGAAGAAACACACCCUAACGAUGACAGCUACCUUGUGCGUGUUAAAGCGGUGGUGAUGACACGGGAUGAUUCGAGCGGGGGCUGGCUGGCUCAGGAGGGAGGGGGCCUCAGCAGGGUGGGGGUGUGUAAGGUGACGCCCGCUGAGCUGACAGGCCGGAGUGACUUCCUCAUCCACGGUGAACGGCUCAAAGACAAACAGGUGAUCCUACACUGUUUUGUGAGGAAAGACUUGAUCUACACUAAAGCCACGCCCACCUUUCACCACUGGAAAGUCGACAAUAAGAAGUGCGGUCUAACAUUCCAGAGUCCCGCCGAUGCUCGGGCGUUUGACAGGGGUGUCCGCAAAGCCCUGGAGGACAUAACCGAGGGCUCCACGACUUCCUCCUCGACAAUCCAAAAUGAGGCUGAACUGGGAGACGACGACGUUUUCACAACUACCACAGACAGCUCCUCUAACUCCUCACAGAAGAAGGAGCACACCAUGCAGCCUCUCACCACCUCCACCUUCUACGAACCCCACCUCCACCACUGCAUUCUUGGACACCUGCAUGACCAGUACAGACCCUCCGACCACUACUUCCUGGAUCAGUCUAUGCCCACGUUCCCGCGGCACGUCAGUUUCCUGGACGAGGAAGAGGAGAUCGUGCGGAUCAAUCCACGGGAGCGAACCUGGCUGACGGGGUACGAGGAUUACCGCCACGCCGCCGUGCGGGACAAGUUCAUCCAGCCCGAGGACGCGGACUCUUACGUACACUUCGCCAAGAGCGAGCCCUCCAAACACGACUACAACUACCCGUACCUGCCCAACUCCGACCUCGGUCAGCGUGACCUCAAAGGUCACUGUGGAGGUCAGGAGGGCACGGUGGUGGUGACCCAGCCGCGGGUGCUGAAGCCCAAGGGGAAGCGGCGGAAGGAAGACGGGGAGCGAUCUCGCUGCGUCUACUGUCGGGACAUGUUUAAUCACGAGGAGAACAGACGAGGCCAGUGCCACGACGCCCCUGAUCCCAUCCGGACCUGCAUUCACCGGGUCAGCUUCAUGUGGUGCGCUGACAGCCUGCUCUACCACUGCAUGUCGGACCCGGAGGGCGACUACUCGGACCCGUGCUCGUGCGACACCAGCGAGGAGCGGUUUUGUCUGCGUUGGCUGGCUCUGCUGGGCCUGUCUCUGCUGACCCCCUGUCUGUGCUGCUACCCUCCGCUCCAGGCCUGUUACCGCUGCGGCCUGGCCUGCAGGUGCUGCGGGGGUAAACACAAGGCCGUUGGGUGACCAGAGCACCCGAAAAUGGCGAACGCUCGUGCCCCCCAUGACGCCAGCACGUGGGAGAACUUGGAGGAGACACAAAGGACAGGAGAAGCUCCUUUUUGACUUUUUUUUUUUC